CACAUGCCCAUAUAUUGUUGUUCAUGGGAAAUACAGACAAAUUUACAACUCCUGCAGAUAUAGAUCGCAUUAUAUCAGCCGAAAUACCUGACGAGUCAAGUGAUCCUGAUUAUUUUAAUGCUGUAAAAAUGCAUAUGAUGCAUGGUCCGUGUGGGAGAGAGGCAAAAAACGCACCAUGCAUGGUCCAGUCUAAAUGUUCUAAGCACUUUCCGAAGAAUUUCAAUGCACAUACUAACAUUGACGAAGACGGUUAUCCCAAGUACAUGAGGCGGGAUGAUGGGAAGGAGAUUGUGAAGAACACUAUACCACUUGACAACAGACAUGUUGUUCCACAUAAUAGGUAUUUGUUGAUGAAGUAUGGGGCUCAUCUUAAUGUCGAGUGGUGUAAUCAAUCAAGGUCUAUCAAGUAUCUUUUCAAAUAUGUGAAUAAAGGUAAUGAUCGCGUCACAGCUGCAUUUUAUGAGACCACAAAUAAGGAUGGCUCAGAAAAACCCGUGGAUGAAAUUAAAUUGUACUAUGAUUGCCGAUACGUUUCACCAUGUGAGGCAAUGUGGCGUAUUUUAGGGUUUGAGAUACAAUAUAAGAAUCCAUCCGUUGAGCGUUUGAGCUUUCACUUUCCCGAUGAGCAAUGUGUAUAUUUUGAUGAUGAGGAUGCAAUGACAGAUGUUGUACAACGUGAAUCUGUUAAACAAAGCAUGUUUCUGGCAUGGAUGAAGGCCAAUGAUCAGUAUGCGGAGGCAAAAAAUUUAACUUAUGCCGAAUUCCCUCAGAAGUUUGUUUGGAAGCAAAAAACAAGGGAAUUUGUUCCUCGGCAGAGGGGUUUUGCUUUGGGUCGAGUGGCAUAUGUACCUCCAGGAUCCGGUGAAUCUUAUUAUUUGCGAUGUAUCCUCAAUUUAAAGCGUGGUGCUACGUCUUUCGCCGACUUACGAACUGUUGAUGAGGUUUGUUAUGAAACAUAUCGUGACACGUGUUACGCAUUGGGUUUGUUGGACGAUGAUCGAGAGUACGUCGAAGGUUUUACGGAAAGCAGUUUUUGGGCUUCUGCUUGGGGACUUAGAGUUCUAUUUGUAAUAUUGCUACUGGCAGAUACAAUGAGUAGACCUGAAUACGUUUGGGAGAAAUGUUGGAAUUUUAUGUCUGAUGACAUUCUUCAUAGACAACGACGAGCUUUGCUACAUCCAGAGUUAACGUUGACAAAAGAAGAAAUCAAGAAUUAUGCAUUGGUUGAAAUAGAGACAAUGUUAAGGACUCGCGGAAAAAGCCUAAGGGACUACCCAUCAAUGCCAUUCCCUAAUUGCAGUAACGCAACCAUGUUUCAGAAUAGACUUAUUUAUGAUGAGUUGCAAUAUGAUCACGCCGAAAUGCGGGAACAACAUGACAAAUGCAUGGAGAGUUUGAAUGAGCAGCAAAGUGAGGUGUACAAGAUUAUUAUGGAAUCCAUUGAAGGAAACAAUGGUGGAGUGUUCUUUGUAUAUGGGUACGGGGGUACAGGCAAAACGUUUAUUUGGAAAACGUUGUCAGCGGCUCUAAGGUCAAAAGGUGAAAUUGUUUUAAACGUGGCUUCAAGUGGAAUUGCUUCAUUGUUAUUGCCUGGUGGAAGAACUGCUCACUCACGUUUUGCGAUACCAAUCAACCCAACUGAGCAUUCCACAUGCAACAUCAAGCAGGGCAGCCCAUUAGCCCAAUUGAUUAUUAGGUCUAAACUUAUUAUUUGGGAUGAGGCACCGAUGAUGCAUAAAUAUUGUUUUGAAGCUUUGGACAGAAGUUUCCGUGACAUUCUAAGGGUUGUUAAUCCUCUGAACACUGAUAAGCCAUUUGGAGGGAAGACUAUAGUAUUUGGAGGAGACUUUAGACAAAUCUUACCGGUGAUUACCAAAGGUACAAGACAAGACAUAGUUAAUGCCACAAUUAAUUCUUCAUACAUAUGGCAAGACUGCAUUGUUUUACGCUUAACGAAGAACAUGAGACUGCAAUCGUUGAGUGGCGAUCGUGAUUAUGCUGACUUGGUUGACUUUGCUGAGUGGAUAGCGAGUUUGGGAGAUGGAACAGCAGGUGGUCAAAAUGAUGGCUGUGCUGAUAUCAAUAUACCAAGUGACAUUUUGCUCCAAACUGAUGAAGACCCUAUUGCCACAAUCGUGCGCAGUACGUAUCCUGAUUUUGAGGCUAUGCCGACUGACCCCUCAUUCCUAAAAGAGCGUGCUAUUUUGGCCCCAACGCUUGAUGUUGUCGACUCAAUUAAUGAGUACAUGACUGCAUUGAAUGUCACAGAGGAGUCCAGGACAUAUUUGAGUUCUGACAGCAUUUGCAAAUCGGACUCAAAUUCUGAUUUUUUGGCUGAUUUGCAUACACCGGAAUUCUUGAAUAAGAUACGUGCAUCCGGUGUUCCAAAUCAUGAGUUGACUCUCAAGGUUGGUACUCCGGUCAUGCUUCUUAGGAACAUUGAUCAUUCAAUGGGCUUAUGCAAUGGGACGAGGUUGAUUAUUACAAGGCUGGGAAAUCAUGUUCUUGGAGCUACAAUUUUAGGAGGUAAAUUUGAUGGUCAAGAAGUAGUCAUACCGAGAUUGACACUAACACCAUCUGAUGCAAGAAUACCAUUCAAGUUCCAAAGAAGACAGUUUCCCAUCAUGACCUCUUAUGCGAUGACAAUAAAUAAGAGUCAAGGUCAAUCUCUAACGCAUGUUGGACUUUUACUGAAAAAACCAGUCUUCACUCAUGGUCAACUUUACGUUGCAGCGUCCAGAGUUACAAAUCGCAAAGGCUUGAAAAUAUUGAUUUGUGACGAGGAUGGCAAACAGAUCGACCAUACUACAAAUGUUGUUUACAAAGAGGUCUUUCAGAAUUUGUAGUAUCACUUCAUGUUGCAGCUUCUACAGUUUUACUAACAACUUCGUACUUUGAAGUGUUAUAUCUGUUUUUUAUUGGCCCAUCUUUGUCGUUG